CAAAAGACAAGUAAUAGUUUGUUCAAAUCAAACAUCGUCGAUAGAUGAUCAUCUUGGUUUGUCAAGCUAGCCAAACGUUGCCUUCAGUACAUCUACAGAUACAAUACGAAAGAAAGUUGGUGUAUUCGCGUCUGCUUUCGUUUCUCAUCAUGGGGCAAAGCCAAAUCUUUCCUGCUGUGGACUACUCAACGGUGUCCCAUGUCACCAGUGCAGCUGGGAAGAGGCUUUACACUCGCGCUUGGAAGUCAGACUCCUGCUCUACUCCCAAAGGGAUUGUCUACCUAAGCCAUGGUGUGUCGGAGCACAUUGAGCGUUAUGGCGAAAUGGCGGCUUGGUUCACGGACAUUGACAUGGUCGUGUAUGGCCAUGACCAUGUUGGCCAUGGCAGAAGUGAAGGAGACCGUGUUCAUGUGAAUGAGUUUGGAGAGUAUGUCACCGAUGUGGCGCAGAGACUCCGUGAAGUACGUGAGCAGCAUCCCGGCCUGCCGCUGUUCCUUCUUGGCCACUCGAUGGGUGGGCUGAUUGCGUUCCUGACCGCUGCUCAACACACAGACCUCGUGGACUUUGUCUUGCUGAGUGCUCCUGCCCUGAUCGGUGAUCCAGAUGUUGCUACUCCGUUCAAGAUAUUCAUGGCAAAAGUUGCAGGUGGAGUUACGCCUCAACUGGAAGUGGGAAAGCUACCGGAAGAGUUUGUCUGUCGUGAUCCAUCAGUGGUUGAAACCAACCGCAACGAUCCCUACUUUUGGCAAGGCGGAAUGAAGGCCGCAUGGGCUGUUAACACCCUGCGUGCACAAGAGGAGGCUGAGCAGCUGCACAAGUCAUUCACUACACCAAUACUGGUGUUCCAUGGUACUGCUGAUCGCCUGUGCCUGAUUGAAGGCUCGCGUCAGCUAAUGGCAGCUAUUGGCAGUGAAGAUAAAAUCUUGAAGGAAUAUGAAGGCGGUUAUCAUGAAUUACAUAUGGAACCAGAUGGCAUGAAAGAAGAUGUACAAGAGGCGGUUGUAGCGUGGGUGAAAGAGAGGCUGGAACGGUUCAAUGCUCAAACGUCAACCACAUGAAGCGGAUGCUUUGUAAGAGACCAUACGUAUGCAUAUGCAAGGUGAAAGGAUGUUUCCGUGCAAAAGCUCCAAUGUUUCCCUCUACCUGGUGUGCUAGCAUGUACUUUCCUGGUUGGCUCUUUUCCUGAAAGUAAUUAGUUGUCAGCAGCUGAGCAGACCCAUGUGGAUAACUGCAGACGGAACACAUGGCUGAUUGUGCCUACUAUUGUGUACUGUCCCUGUCUUCAAUGGGGUUCUCGCCGUAACAAGGCUAUUGCUAUACAGACGCUUGCUGCUGAUUUCCCUGCUUCGUGCUCCGUUGCGUCGCGGGUUAAUGUCCAGUGCGAUAUUAUUCUCGCCGUGAUGCUGGUGUUGACCAGUGCGAUAUUAUUCUCACCGCGAUGCUGGUGCUGACCUGUGCUGUGCUGCACUGUAUUCUUCACUCCGGCUAGCUUUCAUUGGCCGUGAUUCUAGAUUCUAGAUUCCUUUGAGGGUAGGCACAACAUCAAUUUCAAGAUAGACGUAGAUUUAUGUGUUUUAGCUCUGGAGCUAGAUUUCUUUACACUGUACUCUAGAGAAUAUUGUCAACAUUGAACAUUAUAUUACUAUAUGCUCACCAUCCGAGUUUUAUUGAGGGAUUCGUUUCCAAUUCGGUCAUGUGCUCAUACAUAUACAUGGAGUGCAGUAUUAUUAUUUUUCUUUAUUGGCUUCUUGUACGUACAUGUAUUUGUAUAUUGUUCAAGUAUGAGUAUCAAACAUACAUCACACCUUUCAAGACCAAGACAAACCAUUUGCUAUUGUCGGUGCGAAAAGCAUCUGGCUGCAUUCUC